AUGCUGACGGCCAACAAGCUCGUUACCUGCGAGGUUAACGAACGAGUCUACGCAGAUUCGGACCACUAUCCAAUACGAACCCUUCUUGAUAUCAGCACUAAAACCCCCGAGACACAGCGAAAAAGGAACUGGAAAACCUGCAGUAUCAAAGACCUGCAAAGCUUCGUGGACCUUAACCUACAGAGCAAGGCCUUUCCCUUGCAAAUAAAGCAGCAUAUUGAGCUCGCUAUAGAAUACCUUAUCGAGACGAUCAAUCAAGGAAUCGCUGCCUCUACCCCGUGGGCGAAGCCCAGCAAAUGGGCGAACCCUUCAUUUAAUGCGGAAUGCCGCGAAAUGAUCAAGAUCACCCGGAAAUUCCGGCAUAAAUACACGGAAUCAGUUAUUGCGAACGGCCUUACCGACUCUACUACAGGCCUCCGGGAGGCCCGUAGAGGCCUUAUACCUACGCUGAAAACAGAUGGCGGGCUCGCAGAGACCGCAGAACAGAAGGUAGAGACAUUUCGCAAAACUUUCUUUCCCGAAUUACCCCUGGCCGACCUCUCUGAUAUCCUUACGGCUCAGAUACCCCCCCAGAUCGACUUCCCGGACCUUACCGAACACGAGGUGCUCCGUUGCAUCAGACGGGCGCCUCCCGAUAAAGUACCAGGGCCGAAUGGCAUCCCUAAUAAGAUAUUUAACGCGUGCCUACGUCUUGGGCAUAACCCGGAAUACUUUCAGCAAUCGACUACUGUAGUACUGCGUAAAGCAGCCCCCCGGGACUAUCGUAUCGCCAAAUCCUACCGACCUAUAGCUCUCCUGAAUACACUCGGUAAGAUCCUAGAGGCUGUAGUUACAGUACAGAUCGCCUGGGCCCUGGAGAAAUGUAAUUACCUACCUAGGAGCCAUCUAGGGGGCCGCAGGAGCAUCUCAGUCGACUACCUGAUCCAGUUGCUUCUUGACCAGAUCUUUGAGAGCUGGGGCAAGGGCCAGAAGGUCAGUAUGCUACUCCUAAACGUGGCUGGCGCCUUCGACAACGUCUCGCAUAUACGGCUCCUCUAUCAAUCAAUCAAUCAAAAUUCUAUUAACCUGGUGGAGCCUAUCUAUUGA